UCAGUGACUUUGUCUCAAUCUUUUCUUUAUGUCACGUUUAUCCUAUGUUAUCUAGAUUUUGGUGGUUAAUUCCUCAUUUUAAAUAGUUUCUUUCACUAAAAGUUGACAGCAACAGGCAUUUGACUUCACCAGAAAUCACCAGCAUGGCAGGAAGGAUCGGAAAAUGGACAGAGAUAAAACCUGCCACGGAAGAAACUCAGAAGAUCUGUGACAUGCUGAAGAGCGACACAGAGAAAAAGUGGACCAAACAGAGCUAUGAAAUAUUUAAGGCCAUUGAAUACAGGGUGCAACCAGUGGCAGGAACAAACUUUCUCAUCAAGGUUCAUGCAGGAGGAAGUGAAUACCUCCAUAUUUAUGCCUACCAAAGCUCUCUAAAAAGGGGAGAGAUUAAAACUUUACUGAAGAGGGUAGAAAAACACAAUGAAGGAGAUCCUCUGGAGCCCAUCAGACCUUUGGACUGAUGAGAAAACACAACUUCACCCCGGCAGCCUUACAGCAAAAUGCACUGCUAUGUUGUAUAAAAGAGCAUGUUGGGAUGGCUUAAGUUUGACCUUUUCUAUCAGUAUGAUAUUAGUGGUUGUUUGAAAUAGCUAUUUUGCAGUGUGACUACCUUACUGAUUGCAUUAAUAUGUGGAAAAUGUACUAAUAUAUAAUAAAUAUAGCUAAAACUGCCCAAAAGACUUUUU